GGCCGGCAGACGCGCUCGGUCAUCACUAGAAGUCGGAACCGGCAUUGCUGCUGGUUGCAGGUGGAAGGUUCUGAAUGUUCUCAACACAAGCUUGCUUCCCUGCAACAGAAGUCAUCAUGAAACUCUUGUUGAUCUUCGCCUUUGGGCUGGCCGCCUCGCAGGGCGCAGAAAUAAAAGAUGCCAACUCAUGCAAGUCGUUCCCAUGCCUCAUCUUCAGCGAUGAUUUUAAUAAUCUUGAUCCCGCCGCCUGGCAGCACGAAGUCACCCUUGGAGGAGGCGGGAACUGGGAGUUUCAGGCGUACGUUAAAGACAGGAGCGUCACCUACACCCGCGACGGAACUCUUUUCAUCAAACCGGAACUGACUGCCAACAAACGAGGCGAAGCGUUCCUAACUACGGGGACGUGGGACCUCGGGGCGGAGUGCACCAACGACGCAUGGUUUGGUUGCAAGAGGGUCGGCGCCAACGGCCUCCUCAACCCUGUAUUGAGUGGACGGAUCAGAACUCAAUCCUUCUUCAACUUCAGGUUCGGACGAGUGGAUGUACGCGCUAAAAUGCCCCGCGGCGACUGGCUGUGGCCCGCCAUCUGGCUGUUGCCGAAGACUGACCACUACGGAGGCUGGCCUGCCAGUGGAGAGAUCGACAUCGUUGAAGCUCGAGGUGAGAAAGCACCUGAUGAGGCAAAACUAAAACAAUGCUGCCUGUCAUUGACUUCAGUUCUAUACAGGUAUUAUCUUGACGACAAGCAAGUGCUGCGUGUAGACCCUGGCAAGAGCUUCUGGGACUUCGGUGGUUUAGCGAACAGCGGCCGCGUCAAUCCAUGGAGCGGCGGCACCAAGAUGGCACCCUUUGAUCGUGAAUUCUACCUCAUCCUGAACCUGGCUGUUGGUGGUGUCAAUGGCUACUUCCCUGACGGUCUCUCCGGCAGUUCCCCCAAACCCUGGUCCAACCAUCAACCCGAUGCUCCUGCAGCGUUCUGGAAAGCUAAGAACCAGUGGCUGCCAUCGUGGCAGAACGGAAAGCCCGGCAUCAGCGAGUCUGCGUCCCUUCAAGUCGACUACAUCAAAGUUUGGAAGCUGUCUUAAGAAUGUACACAAUAGAACAGUUAACCAUGAAUUAUUUCGCACCAAUGUUCAGUUUAAUUUACCGUGUCUUAGCACAGGCAGUAAAUACAUGAACAAAAUCAGUUCCAAAAUAGCGCGUUCAUUAACAGUUCAUUAAUAUAUUCAGAGUACUCGUAAUUUCAGAGUAAGUUUUUCGCCUUGUCCUGUAGUAGAUUUUUCAUGUUCACUUUACUGCAUUUAUACAGAUUUAUUUGACGACACUUUUUGUUGGCAGUAUCAUGUCAAAACAUUUGUAAACAAUAAAUUGUUGAGCAGCA